GACGAAUGUUAAAAAGAUCUCUCCUCUCUUCUUGCACAGUUACACGUAUGGGCAACCCGUGACAGGCAGCGGCAAACUCUUUGUGAAGAAGAACAGGUACUAUUAUUUCGAAAUGGACAUAAAGGACGACCUUACCAUUCCAAUCCCGACCUUCAGCGGUUGCACGAACGUCGAGGUGGACACAAGCCUGAUCAGCACGGAAGGCUACGGCUUCAUAGGCAAUCUUGCCCUGACAGCUGAAGUCACCGAGGAAGGCACCGGGCACAUGGCCUCGGGCACCGCAUCCAUCCAGCUGGCUACCCGACUCCUCUCCUUCACGCAGAUUAGCCGAGUGAAAGAUGCCAAACCGGGCCUGCCCUUCGAGAUGCAGAUUCAAGCGAGGUUCCCAGACGAUACAGGCGCGGAAGGGGUCGAGGUAAACGCCUGUGUUAAAACCACAUGCAAAAACUUCGUGACGGACCAGAACGGUGUCUUCAAUGUGAUCGUGCCUCCUCACCUCGUCGAACCUGAAGGCAAACUCAAGGUGACUCUGGCGAACGAAGAGGGUGAAGAAGGAAACCUUGGCCACCGUUACCCUUCAAUAUCCUACUUCUACUUCAGUGUUUACUACUCCGAGUCGAACUCCAGUCUCUCUCUCGCCAUCCCGACGGACGCUGUUGAUUGCACUCCAGGAGAGGACAUUAGUCUGUCUUUGCCGGUGCUCUUCGUGGCGAACAAUAUAGACAAGGCUCUGAUGAGAGCGCAGGUGAUAUCAAGGAGCCAGGUGGUGUUUACUCGCUCCUUCGAACAAGACCUGGUGGCUUCGGGCUUGUCUCUGGAUGAAGCUGCGCUCCUCGAACCAAUGGCGGAUCUUGCAGCAGGGUUUGUCAGGGGAUCCUUCACUCUCGAGCUGAACAUCCCUUACUAUGCGUCCCCCUCUGUCAAUGUCUUGAUCUGGUAUUCCACUGGCGCCGGCGAAGUGAUAGCAGCCUCUGGCACUGUGGAAGUCAGCACUUGUCUGCCCACCGUCGCCGACCUGGCCUGGGCGCCCUCGAACACCGCGGCGCCAAAGGACGAGGUGCAGAUCACGAUCACAGCAACGCCGAACUCCAUCUGCUCACUGGGUGUCGUUGACAGGAGCGUCGAGAUCCUGUCCAGAGGAAAAACAGGAAGCCUGUCGACCGCUACCGUGUUUCAGCUUUUAAAAGGAACCGAGCCGUAUAUGUGGUUAAACAGCCAAAUUGAUAAUUAUGCUUAUUGCUCAGGGCAUUCCACUGCUACAUACUUUGAUGAUGUUGUGGAGGAUUUACCUUUGGGCAUGCGUAGUCACUAUUGGAUGUCGUAUAUAACCACGUACAUAGAUGCGUUGUCAGCUUUCAAUGAUGCGACCGUCCUCGUACUUUCUGAUUUGACAAUUGAAACUCGACCCUGCGAACGACAAGAUGAUGGAUCUUAUCCUAUCUACAUCCCUGAAUAUGCCGGUGGUCCAGAUUAUGGAGGCAUUGCGUAUGCGGCACCGCCACCAGAAAUUGAAGAUGGCGAGGACAGUGGGUUAGAAGAUGCGUUGGAAGAAGAAGAAGAAGAAACGCAAGAACCCAGGGUUUAUUUCCCUGAGACGUGGCUCUGGGACAUCCGUGAGAUCGGAGAAACGGGGUCGACGUCCUUCUCGGCCAAGGUCCCGGACACGGUGACGGAAUGGGUGGGCGAGGCAGUGUGUGUUAACUCCGAGUUCGGUCUCGGUCUCUCCCCGCCCACCACCCUUACGGUCUUCACUCCCUUCUUCCUUGACCUGACGAUGCCGCCGUCCGUCCGCCGUCAGGAGCGAGUGCCUCUGCGUGUCUCCGUCUUCAACUACCUGGACCAGACGCUUCCGAUCAGCGUCAGCCUGAGCCCCAACGCGACAUUCACGGCCGACGAGACCGCCAAGAGCGUGUGCGUCCCCGCCAGCAGUAUGCAAGUGGCUGAGUUCAUCGUGGUUCCCCAGGAGGCCGGCGACAUCUGGCUCACCUUCAGCGCCUCCGUCAGCAGCGCCAGCGAAAACUGCGCCGCCGGGGACGACCUGCCGACCAAGAGUGACGUCAUGAUUAAGCCCCUGAAAGUGGUGUUCGAAGGUGUGCAAAGAGAAAUGGUAAAUAGUGUCUUCAUAUGUGAAGAUAACGAGAGCGAGAGUUGGUCACUGUCGACGCCAUCUGGGAUCAUCGAAGGAUCUGAGCGAGUGUUCGUGUCAGCCUCCGCGGAUCUCCUUGGACCGACCAUCGAGAAUUUGGGACACUUGGUGCAAAAGCCCUACGGAUGUGGAGAGCAAAAUAUGAUCAACUUUGUACCCAACAUCCUUGUCGUCAGGUACCUUAACUCUAUUGGCCAAGGUGACUCCGAAAUCGUCGAGCAAGCCACCAGUUUUAUGAUCACAGGCUAUCAGCGGGAGCUAACUUACCGCCGGGAUGAUGGAUCCUACAGCGCAUUCGGAAACCGCGAUCCUGAAGGGUCGACUUGGCUCACGGCUUUCGUGCUGAGGUCCUUCGCUCAAGCAUCGGAUUACAUUACGAUCGACGACCACGAUUUGCAAAUGAGCGCUAACUGGCUCCUGAGACUCCAGAUGGAUGACGGCUGCUUCCGGUCCGUCGGGCAUGUUCAUCAUACUGCUAUGAAGGGUGGUCUGGGCAGCACCUCGUCUUCAGCAGUCCCGCUCUCGGCCUACGUGGUCAUCGCCCUAAGUGAGGCCGGCCAUUUCGGCAUGGACGCCCUCCCCGCCGCCGUCAGCUGCAUCAAGAACGACACAGCUGCCACCGACGUCUACUCAGAAUCCCUGAAGGCCUACGCUCUCGCCUUGUCCUCCAGCGCCGACGCCCCCAGCCACAUCACCGCCGCGUACAACCUCCUUACCGACGGCGACGAGGGAGAGAGCAUCUGGGUCGAGAGCGCGGCUUACGCUGUUUUGGCCAUGUUGAAGGACGACCACGAAGCCCACCUCUCCAAUGUGAUCGACCUCAUCAGGAGGUUGUCGUCUCAUCGCAACAGCCUCGGGGGUUUCCACUCGACUCAGGACACUAUUUUAGCCCUGCAAGCCUUCGCUGAAUAUAGCAUUCUCUUCCCACCGUCUGACACGAACUUGGAGCUGACAGUGACGGCCAUCACCAGCUUCAACUUUGUGUUCUUGUCAGUCAACCAGUCCGUGGCGCUGACGAGGGAAGUCGAAGACCCCCUACCUUAUAAUGUUACAGUGACGCCUUCUGGAAAAGGAUGCGCUGUGUUUAUGGUCGUCCACCGCUUCCACAUGCCAGAGAUCUCAGGCAACUCCACCUUCAGCAUGACUGUCACCUCCACCUCCGGGUCAUGCACUGCCGCCAACGUCACCAUCUGCGCCUUUUACCUCCUCGAAAACGAAGAGUCGAACAUGGUCAUCAUCGAACUUAACCUCGAGUCUGGCUACGUUGCAGAGGAGGGUUCUCUGCAACACCUGGUGGACAGGAGGGUUAUUAAGAAAUACGAGCAAGACGAGCCUGGCCUAGUGGAACUGUACCUCGAUUCUCUAACAUCAACGGAGGUCUGUCUCACGGUUGCUGUGACACGGGAGAUCUCAGUCGAAGAUGUGAAACCGGGCACUGUCUCUGUCUAUGACUACUAUCAGAACUCGGAGGAUAAGUUAGUUAAGCCACUUGCCAUAGAUAGAACUGGUUGUGGAAGCUCAUUUCAAGCUGAAGGUACGGGCUUGAUGGGCCUUGCGGCUUGAUGCGGAAGUCGAGAGAAGGUCUUUUCAAAAUCCCCCCCCCCCCCCUCUAAAAAAAAAUACUCCAUGGAUUCCUUUCUUUGCUUUACGAUUCUGACUCUCGCCUUAGCGUUUACAAAGAGCCUAUGAAUGACACACAAACAUCUGCUUAUUGAAAAUGAUUCCUUAUUGAAAAAAAAAAAAAAAUCAAAA